GAAACAUUUCUGAUAUUUAAGCGGCAAACUGAUAUUAAUAUUAUUUUGGUAAAAAUAAGUAAUCGUCUGAGUAAUCUUUGAUACCUUUUUGGUUUAAUCCCAGACGGAAUUAGAAAAUAUUGAAACUAAGUAGGCAGUCCCAUUCCUGCCCCUAAAUGUAUCGAUUGUGAGGCGCCAGUAGCAAACUUAUCGUAGGGCCGAUCCCACCAUUUUCGAAUUCUCUACAAAAAAAAAUGCUUAGCGUCUACCAGUAAUUUUUCGGCAUUAAUAAAUAAGUUUUUUUUUUUAGCAUAGGGCCCCGAACAAAAACUUUUUAUUACCGACACAUAAGCCGCUGCUGUUUAACAAAAUUACGAAUCGUGUUCGGUUGCGAAUAGGAUCCGCGUCCUCCGACUAAAAACGCGCGAGUGCAGGCUAAAUUGUCAGUGGACACCACCGCCGGUUUUCCAGACGUUGUUACUCAAAUCCCAAACACACACAACCUACACACACAUACCUUGCCAGUCAGGUUCCAAGAGAUGUCUGGCGAGGAUCCUAGCUCGGUUAAUGUGGCGCUACGCGUGCGCCCUCUGGUGCAAUCGGAACUGGACAGGGGAUGUCGCAUCGCUGUGGAGAGAGCCGCUGAUGGAUCACCCCAGGUGACCGUUAAUCGGACGGAAUCCUACACAUACAAUCAUGUUUUUGGCAUCGAGGACACCCAAAAGGAUUUGUUCGAGAGCUGUGUCGAGGAGAAGUUGAAGCGUUUGCUAAAUGGUUAUAAUCUUACCAUCUUGGCAUACGGUCAAACUGGUUCGGGCAAAACAUACACCAUGGGCACUGCCUUCAAUGGCUCGCUGGACGACCAUGCCGGCGUAAUACCCCGUGCCGUUCACGAUAUAUUCCGUGAAAUAGCCGUAAUGUCAAAAGAUUACCGUUUCCAUGUAACCUGCUCCUUUGUGGAGCUAUACCAGGAGCAAUUCUACGAUCUCUUCUCGACAAAGACUCGCGACAAGGCCACCGUUGAUAUCAGAGAGGUGAAGAACAAAAUCGUGAUGCCAGGACUAACCGAACUGGAGGUCAAGUCCGCCCAGGAGGUGACCGAUUAUCUGAUGCGCGGCUCUGCCGGCCGGGCUGUGGCAGCCACAGCCAUGAACGAGACAUCAUCCCGAUCGCAUGCCAUCUUUACACUCACUUUGGUGGCCACCAAGAUCCACGGAACACAAUCGGUUACUACUUCGAGGUUCAAUCUGGUGGACCUGGCCGGAUCCGAGCGCUGCUCCAAGACCCUCGCCAGCGGCGAUCGCUUCAAGGAGGGUGUCAACAUUAACAAGGGCCUCCUGGCACUUGGCAAUGUCAUCAACGCUCUGGGAUCUGGCCAGGUUGCUGGCUUCGUCCGCUACCGAGAUUCAAAACUUACCCGCCUCCUUCAGGACUCGCUGGGCGGCAACUCCAUCACCUUGAUGAUAGCCUGCGUCAGUCCGGCCGACUACAACGUGGCCGAGACCCUGAGCACCCUGCGAUAUGCCGAUCGCGCCUUGCAGAUCAAGAACAAGCCGGUCGUCAACCUCGAUCCUCACGCCGCGGAGGUCAACAUGCUGAAGGACAUCAUCCAGAAGCUGCGCGUCGAACUGCUGGCGAAUGGAAAGAUGAGCAGCUCGAUCACCAGUGCCAUGGGCUCUGCUGGGUUGAGUUCUGUGCCGAGUUCGGAGGCCGAUUCCCUUUCAGGAUCCGCUGCCCAGGCCGAGGAGAUCAAGCGGCUGAAGGAAGAGAAGCGAGUGCUGGCGGAACGGGCCCGGAAGCUAGAGCAGGAGCUGCACCAGUCGUGGGCUGAUCUCACCGAGAAGGAGAUGCGCGUGGAAAUAGCCGAGCAUGCGCAGGAGAAGCUUCGAAGCUAUGUCCUCCAGAUAAAGGCCAAGUUGGAGCAGCAGCAGCAACAGAAGCCGGAGAAUAGCGAUGAUGCCGACGAUGGGUUGAGCGAUCCGCUAAAGGAGAUUACCCAGCUGGUGGAGCAGGUGGAGAACGAACUGAACCGCACGCAGGACGAACUGGAGAGCCAUGGCCAGGAGGCGCGCCGCCAGCUGUCCGGUCGGUCGCCCAGCGAGCGCGAGGAGAACAGUUCGAAUGCUGGGGACGAGGUCCAGGAAAUGAUGCAGUCCCAGUCCGAGGAGUUCACCAACAAGCAACUGAAUCUCGCCGGGGAGCUGCGCAACAUCAAUCGCCAGCUGGAUCUGAAGAAGGAGCUGCACGAGCGCAUCAUGCGCAACUUUAGCCGGCUGGAGGCCGACGAUGAGGGUGACAAGCUGCGGCAGUGCCACCAGAAGAUCGAGGACCUGGAGGUGGAGCGGCGGGAGCUGAUGGAUCAGCUGCGCACCACCAAGAGCAAGGACAACAUGGCCAAGAUCGCCGAAGAUAGGCGCAAGCGCUUGCAGGCCCUGGAGACGGAAAUCGCUGAUCUGCGGCGUCGUGUGAUUACCCAGGCGAACAUGCUCAAGAUGCGCGAGAAGGAGCGUGAGAAGAUCACGAACCUGAGCGGCGAGAUACGCGCCAUGAAGGAGUCCAAGGUGAAGCUGAUCCGGGCGAUGCGUGGCGAGUCCGAGAAGUUCCGCCAGUGGAAGCUGGUGCGCGAGAAGGAGCUCACCCAGCUGAAGAGCAAGGAUCGCAAGAUGCAGUCGGAGAUGGUGCGCCAGCAGACGCUACACGCCAAGCAGCGCCAGGUGCUAAAGCGCAAGUGCGAGGAGGCGCUGGCCACCAACAAGCGGCUGAAGGACGCUUUGGAGCGUCAGGCCACCGCCCAGGCUCAGCGACAGAAGCACCAGAAGGAUCAUCCGUCCACCAGUUCGCACGGCAGCUCCUCUGGCCAUGCCAAGACCGACACCUGGGUGGAUCGGGAACUGGAGAUCAUACUGUCGCUGGUGGAUGCCGAGCACAGUUUGGAGCAACUGAUGGAGGACCGGGCGGUGAUAAACAAUCACUAUCAUCUAAUCGAGAAACAGACCAGCAUCAAUCCGGCGGACUUGGACGAGCAGGCGCGCCUGCUGGCCAACCUGGAGGAGGAGCUGGAGAUGCGCAACGCCCAGAUAGCCGAUCUGCAGCAGAAGGUCUGCCAGAGUGAUCUCGAUUCUCGCAUCAAGGCCUUGGCCGAGGGCGUCCAGAGCAUUGGCGAGGCCCGGACGGUGAGCAAGCACUUGCUGAAGUCCCUGGUGCAGCAGCGGCGCCAGCAGGCGGCCAGCAUCAAUGAGCAGCGCACCCUGAUGGACGAGCAGCGGGCACAGCUGCUGGAGGCGCAACAGCACCAGGACGCAGCCACCAAACGCCUCCGACUGGCCGAGGCCAAGCACGAGGAGCAGAUGCUCAAUCAGCAACGGAACUACGAGGAGAAGGUGGCCGUUCUGUUGCGGGCAGCCAACCAGCGGCCGGCUGGCCAGGCGGAGGAGCAGGCACAGGAGCAGGAACAGCAGCGUCAACAGUUCUUGGACGAGCUGAUUAGCAGCCGGGAGGCAUUGCAGCAGGAACUGGAAGCCCUGCGCUCGAAAAUGACCGCCAAGAAGAAGCCAAAGGAGCCGGAAGUGAUUUUGACCGAUGUUCUUGACGACAGUGUGGUCCUAAUGUCGGAAACCCUGGAGCUAAGCGACGUUAGCAGCGAUCCGGACUGGGUGCCAACCAAAGCCAAGAGAUCAUCGCAGUCGAGGAACCGCAACAACACCGUCGAUCGGGAUGCCUCGGGAUCGGGUCUGCCCCAGGAUGGCAAUAAUGGUUCCAUGCAGUCCAUUAACUCCACAACGCCAGCAUCUGCGGCGUCCGCCGAGGAGGGUAGACGUACUCUAUACUGCAAGUGCCGCACCAGGUGCAACUCCAAGCGCUGCGGAUGCUAUGGCGCCGAAAAGGGCUGCUAUGUGGGCUGUGUUUGCAAGGGCCAUUGCAUGAAUCCCAAUAAUUCACCGCGAGAGAACGGCCAGGGCGAUGCUCCGGUGCUCAAGAGCGAAAUCCGUGAGGAGCCGGAGGUGGAUGCAAUCGUGGCGGAGUCCUCCGAAGAUCCCAAGUCGGACGAACAGUCGGGCAAGGAGAAUUUUGCAUCGCCGCCGCUACCAUCCACGUCGUCAUCCACAUCGUUGCCAUCGGAUGAGGCCAACAAGGGCGCAGGCAUGGAGCAGUCGGCGGCAGCCAAUGGUGGUCCGGGUCAGCCCUUGAGCAGCUCCAAUCCAGCGACGGAUGAUACAACCGGUCCGAAACUGGCCAGGAUGUCGGGAUUGGCCUUCUCCACGCCCAGGCGGAAGUUCUUCUGAUGGACCGGAUGACGCUGGACGAACCUACAUUUCCCAAAUCGGCCCCAACCACCCAUCACCCACCAUCCACCACCACCCACUACAUCCUUCACCCAAAUCCACACCCACCGUUUUGUUUCUUGCGUUCCGGUUCGCUUUGCGUUAUGUCCCUAGAUCCUUUUUAGGUCAGAUAUGAGCAAUAAACCUUCGACAAACGUUCAUUCCA